AGGAGCAGAGUGGCAGUAGGGAUGUGAUCAGACAAGCAUACGAGUCCCUGGUUUGAAAGAGAGCACUGAAAAGAAGUUGGGCCAAGCACUCCAAGGCAGCUAAAGCGGUGAAUGCAACCAUCAUGGGACUUCUGUGGUUUUGAUACAGUUUUAUCUAUGCUCUGACUGAGAAGCCAGGAGAAAAAGAGCAAAAAGCUUCUGUACCAUCUGGAUGAGCUCAUUUCUUUUAGGGCAACCUGAAACUCCUGAUUUUUUUGCUACUUAGCUGCUUUUGAAGUAGUCCUAUGAAAACCUCUUAACCAUCUUUGACCCUGAAGAAGAAACUGAAAUGCUCUUUCUAAUCUAAUGAUCAGGUGCAAUUGGUGUGUGUAUGUACUCACACAGUUACAUUUUUUUUAAACCUUACUUUUUUACAAGCUUUUUUUUAAAAGAAAAAUGUUGAUAUUCUUGGACAAGUCUUCUGUGAAAAAAUAAAUUGAAGAUACAUUGGAUAACUUCCGCUUGCAGUUAGUAUUCCUUUGUGGAAUUUUCACAGGUAUACAGAAUACUGUAUCCUUUUUUUUUUUUUGAAAGACCAGAGAUUAACUUUGUCUUUGUGUUCUUGAGAAGUUCCCAGCCAUAUCUAAUUCUAGUUGUCUGUAUAAAUCAAGGAAUCAAUUAUGUGCCAUAAUAUAGCUAGGCCUUUCCUUUCUGGCUGCCCACUUCAAUUAUUGGCUAUGAGUCUACUAGCAAUGUUUUUUUGUGCCAGCACUGUGGAAAAUGAGAAACAGGAAGACAGAAGGGACCAGGAAAAGGCACUCCGAUGGAAUGAAACGAGCAGUCUUCCCUUGCCAUCAUCCCAGGACUCAGAAAAAACUCCACAAAAGAUUCAUAGCUCUGAUUCCCGGAAUGCUUGGAUGCUCCUCAUGAACAACGAAGUGAGGAGCAAAAAAAUGAAUAAAAACAAGUCCAGAAAGAUUAAG